UAACUAAAAAACCUCGAAACCCUCUAGUCGUCACUUUCGCAGAGAGAGAGAGACAUCUCCAAUGGCGAUGGAAACAAAAACACAUCUCUUGGAGGUGUUGCAGACAGAGAUUCUAGCGAGAUCACCCUUGAGAACCAUCUGCAGAUUCAAAUCAGUCUGCAAGAAAUGGAAAUCGACAAUCGAAUCCCCGUAUUUCCGCCGUCUCUUUUUAUCUCUGCACCGAAACUCCUCCUCCUCUUCUUCAUCAUCGUGGUCGCUCGUGUUCGGACAAGACGAACUCAUAGUCUUCCAUGGACGCAAAACAUGGGAUUAUCUUCCCAAGUCUCCAGCUCCACUCAUCCCACCGUCUUUCAAACACUAUCAUAACGGUUGCGACUAUAUGGACUCUUCCGGUGGAUUGGUUUUGAUCACAGACGGAUCUGAUAAAGCUUACUGCUACGUGGGGAGUCCGGUUUUACAGCAAUGGAUCAAAAUCCCCCCACCUCCCUCUGAUCCCAAAGGUGCUUCUUCCGUGUUCGGUUUAGUGACUCGCUUGGACGAGGACGGCGUCGUUUUGAGGUUUAAUGUGAUUAGGAUAGCUUCUUACCAAGUUACAAAUGAUUAUCUCUCGAGUGACUUGAGUGUGUUACUGUAUUCCUCCGAGACAGGGGUCUGGACUUUUAAAGUGAUUCACUCUCCUAUUCAAAUCGGCAACAUGUAUAAUAUCAACCUCAACGGUACAAUCUACUUUGGUUGUCUCUCUGUGCGUGGAGUACUCUUAGCUCAUGAUUUCUAUUCUGAAUCCGAUCAAUUCCGGGUUGUGCAGUUACCGGACUAUCCGGAUCACAACAAGGACUACAAACGAACCUUGACUACCUCAGGAGGCUUUGUCAUGUACGUCAGAACGUUAGCGAAAAAGGAUGAAACUGUUUUGAAGAUCUGGAGGUUGAUGAACAAUGAUGACUACUCUUGGGAGCUUUUGUGGGAAGUCGGCUUUCCGAUUACAGGACUACACAGUCCUGGGGGAUGCAGCUAAUGAUUGUUUCAUUGACAAGUCUGUUUGUAAGAAAAGUGUGAAUGAGUUAUGGCGUCCAAGAUCAUCAUCAGACGAAGACUUGAACUUUCAGGUUUGUAUCUGGUUGUUCCAGUUCGUGAUCCCGCGGUGGAUGGAAUCAGUGCCUCGUCCUCCCCAUGCUGAGAUGAUAGAUACAACUUCGCUGCUUUCUCACGCUAGUGCAACACAUGAGAGAAUGGUGAGGGAACAUGAGACAAUGAUGAGGGAACGUGCGGCAAUAAUGGGGGAUGAAAGCAAUGACGAGUACUUUUGGAUGGGGUGAUAUCAGUAUGUUUCUUUGUGGGACAUUAUUGUUCUAUAAUGUUUUUUCGAAUUAUACUUUCUUUGAUUUGUUUUUUUCAGAAUUCUAUAGAAUACUUUCAAUUA